UUUUUCUUGUUCGUCGUCAACAGCUGUGAAACAUACCUAGCGAGUCAUCGAGUUUGAAUCGGCUGACUCAGUUGAAAAUCAACUCAGCACUACAAUUUCAGUGAGUUAGAAGAAAAAAAAAGGGGCAAGUAUGGAAGUUACACCUGAAGGAAACGAGUCAUCGAGGGACGCUAAAACCCUAAUCUCAUUUUACUCCAAUUAUCUGAGCAACCGAUUCACCUCUUUGUUUCCUUCCUUUCCGUCAAAUUUUCUCGAGAAAAUCUCAAAUCUGUAUCGCCAAACGCUUCUUCCUAUCUCUACUAAACGCAGAGCUGGUCUCCCUCUCCCAUUGCCUUCCAACUCAGUCAACUUAACUCGGACGGCAUCAGAAGCAUCGAGAAUUUAUGAAGUUUUAAACGAUAUAAUGGAUCGUUUCAUUUUAAAUUUGCAUAAAAUUCAAGAGAAUUUGCAAUUUUGGCAAUCUAUAGCUGAGGGAUCUAAUGCAAGGAAAGUUUACUUCAUGAUUUUCGAGAGAGGGCCACGAGCUUUUGUUAAUGGAUCAGUUCAACUUAUGCGUGAAGCUGUCACUGAUGGAUCAGCAAUGCAAAAUCUUUCCCAUUCUUCAUCUGUGUACAUCUCUGAAAGGAUUGCUGUCUUAUCUUCACUAAGGUGUUCACUUGCUGCUUUUCUGGCUCAGUUUUAUGUGGAAAUUGACAAAUGUGGAAAGAAGUUAGCAGAGGAUCCAGAGAAGUCAUUUUCCUCACUAAUGCACACUCUUAAUGGCUUAUUUUCUAAGUUGGACGCAUCAAUUGGCCAUCUUCAUGCUUUGCGUCAGAAUGAUUCUUCCAUUGAAGGAACCUAUUCGUUUCCUCUACUAUUUGAGACAUUGCCAGAAAUCAGUCAGGAAGAGUCUCAAUGGACAAAUUCUGAAAUUAAGGAAGCUAUCAACUUGGUUUGUACAAAUCUCCAGGCACUUGACUCUUACUUAGCUCUCAUGGUAGCUAAACACCAAAAACCAAGUAAUGUAACUCGUUACUGGAUCCGGUAUACAUGUGGUGCAGUUGGGCUUUCAGUUUGUUCUUUCUGGCUCCUACGGCAUAGCCGUCUGAUGGGAAGUUCUGACAUUGACAUCUGGAUUCGUGAAGCAAAGGAGUCAACAGUUAGCUUCUUUAAUGACCAUGUUGAGCAACCGCUUUUGGCAAUUAGAGAUGAACUUUUGGAUACGUUUAAGAAAAGACAGAAAGGUGUGAUGGAUAUGGAGGAAGUGAAGUUGACUUCCGAUUCUCUCCACAGAAUGUUAUUGGCCUUCAGUGAGCAGACAAAAGGUGAAGCGUUCCCAGAGAAUGCAUCAGAUCAGGAAAUGCUUGAGAUAGUUAUGUUAAGAUAUGAAAAAGAACUUGUGCAUCCUAUCCAGAAUCUUCUCCACGGAGAGCUUGCCCGUGCUCUGCUUAUCCAGGUGCAGAAGUUGAAACUCGAUAUUGAGAUGGCAAUGCUUGAACUGGAUCAGAUUCUCAGAGCAAAUGAAAUUAACUUUGCAAUACUAGCUGCCUUGCCAGCAUUCUUUCUGUCUCUUGGUCUGAUUGUAGCCGUGCGUGCAUGGUUUAGACAGGAUACUAAAGCUGAAGGCAGAGGAAGAAUUGCUCGUAUCCAGAGGAGGCUACUUAUUGUGGAGAUUGAGAAAACAAUUAUGCACUACCAGGCUUACUUUGACCAAGGGCUGGAAAAUGAUGCACAAUGCAUGUUCGGGUUGUUGAUUUAUUGUCUAGACCGUUUAUACCAUGCUGUCAGAAGACAUGCAAAGGCGACUGGUGAAUGGCAAUGCUUGAAACAGGAUAUAAUUGAUUUAGGAAGGCCUGGUCUUCAAACUUCAUACAAGCUAAGUGUGACGGCACGAAUGGAACGCGUUUACGAUUGUUUGCUUCCUUCCCUAAAGCGCCAAUAGAUCAUUACCUUUAGUUCGAAAAAGGGGGGGAAAAAAAAGGUCUCGAUCUUAAAUUCCUUUUCCUUUGCUUUUUUAUUGUUGUAUAAGCAUAAUUUUACCAUAUCCUAGUAGUCGGAAAACUACAGCGGAAAGAAGUAGCUGCAAGUGCAACACUUCCCUGGCAUUCUCGAAUUGCUGUCUGCAUGAAAUUUUGUAGGGCAUUGCUUAAUUUUGAUCUGAGGUUAUACACAGGUAAGGUUCGUUGCCGAUUUGCCUUAUGUUCUCGGAUUUGGAUGUGAAUGUUAGAUACGGAUACAUGUCCAGCACGGGUAUGUUUCAUUUUGUCCAAGUCUUUUAUGUGUUUGGAUCUGUGCCAUAUUUAAAUGUGUCCAAAAUGGGUUAUAGGCACGAAGACUUCAAGAGAAAUAAAGAGUCGGAAAAAACAUAGAUUUUGCCUUUUUCA